AUGUUCACCAUCGCAACCUGCUUUUUGGCAGCCAACGCUGCCUUGGCCGCAUCGCUUAACGCCCUGCAGCGGCCCCUGAAUCCUGAACAUGAUGCUCCAGUCCAAGAUCAGGUCACGAACGUGGGGCACGUGGCCUUCAGUGGCAUAACAACUUAUGGAUUGCUGCCUCAUGAGCCUUGUCUUGACCGUCCGAACGCCGAGUAUGAUAUCGGGAUCAUUGGAAUACCGUUCGACGUUGGGGUCAGUUACCGGCCCGGUGCCAGGUUCGGGCCCAAUGCCAUUCGACAAGCCUCACGGCAUUUGACACUUGCCGGCGGAUACAAUGUCCCGCAAAGAGUUAAUCCCUUCAGGUUCUGGGGCCAGGCUCUCGAUUGCGGAGAUAUCGCAGUAACUCCCUAUGAUAAGCAUCUUGCUCUGCAACAAAUUGAGGAUGCCUAUGAUAGGCUUCUUGACAGGAAGACGUACACCGCCGCCGCCUCUGACGCAGCGUCGGCUCAGAGGACCAUACCGCGCCUUCUCUCGCUCGGGGGGGAUCACACUAUUCUUCUACCGAUUUUGCGAAGCAUCAACAAAAUAUACGGUCCUAUUGCAGUCAUUCACUUCGACUCUCACCUUGAUUCAUGGAACCCAUCCCUGAGCGCGCCGUCAAAAGAGGCUACCGUGACGCACGGUAGCUUCUUCUGGCUUGCAGGUCAAGAGGGGCUCAUUUCCAACGACAGUAACAUCCAUGCUGGACUUCGGACAACGCUGGGAAGUCUCGGAGACUACGAGGACGAUGAUACGUGCGGGUUUGCUCGCAUUGAAGCCCGCGACAUCGACGAAAUUGGUGUCAAAGGCAUCAUAAACAAGAUUGUCAACCGGAUCGGAACGGAACGACCGGUAUACCUCUCUUUUGAUAUCGAUACGCUCGAUCCAGCCUUUGCCCCAGCAACUGGAACUCCUGAAACUGGAGGUUGGACCACCAGGGAGAUGCGAGCAAUUGUUCGAGGUCUUUCGAAGUUGAACCUCAUUGGCGCAGAUGUUGUCGAGCUAGCUCCUGCCUAUGACACCAACGCCGAAGUCACCGCAAUUGCAGCGGCCGAUCUCCUAUAUGAGAUGAUGAGCAUUUUUGUCAGGAAGGGCCCCUUAAAGUUGUAA